UGUCAAUCAGUACUAUCUUUCCCUAAGGAAAAAUAAGAUUCGUCUGUUGACCUGUCAUUUUCCGUAGUAGAACAAAUUAAUCGGUUUCUCUGAAAUGAUUGUAUACAAAUACAAUGUUUACUUAGAAUUUUGUCAAGGCGGCCUCCUUUAGCUUUACGCAAUUGUGCAAUGAGAUGUUUGUCCUUGUCCUUGAGACUAUAUAGUUCUACGCUCUUUAGCGCUCUCGACUUUGGAUUCCCCUCAAAUCCAGUGUUGGUCUCUUUCCUUUCUCAAAUUGGACGACAAAACGAGCACAUUUUUCAAAAAUUCCCUUUGGUUGAGAUUUAUAAUUUGUCGCACUACAAAUAUGUAUCACAUUAGAUCCAGUGCGAAGAGGUUACACCAGGUUUUUCAUGUGACAGAGAUACGCGGUGCGUCACAGUGGUCGGUAUUGCAAUCAGAUACGGUCCCCUACAUGAAUAAAAAUGACCUUGAUGAGGGCAUACCCGUGCACACUAUUUCAAUGUAUAGGGUAAUGGACAGGCGGCCAAAAUAUCACUUAACGAUUGACUCCUCAUCCUACCUGUUAUAUAGGUAUCGUCUUUCUGGAACAAACCCUCUCUGGGUUUUCCGCAACUAUUUGUGUCAAAAGGGAACUUUUACACCAUUAUGGCAUGAUAGGAGGUACUUUCCUGCUCAAACAUACAGAAACAUGGUUGCCUUGCAAAUUUCGUAGGAAAUUGAGCCACUUUUAGGUCAAUAUACAUAUUGAAAGGGAAGUGGAAAAACGGUUCAGCAGAUGGUAGUCUUAAAAUGGACAUCAAAAAGCAAGCACCGAUCAACGGCGAUGAAGAGUACAGACUGUACAGGAUGAGGUGGGUGAUUUUGCUCAUGUAUGUUGUCAGUUGUGCAUGCGGAAAUAUGCAGUGGAUGCAGUAUGGAAUUAUUGGCGACGUCCUUAUUCUAUACUAUGGAAUAUCGUUCGAAGCGGUAAAUUGGUCUUCUCUGGUGUUCUUACUUUGCUACGUCAUCUGCUUGUUUCCAGUCAGUUAUAUUUUGGACAAAUAUGGCCUGAGGGUGUCAAUGAUUCUCAGCGUUGUUGGGAUAGCUAUCGGGGCGUGGUUGAAGGUGGCAUCAAUAGCACCCGAACGAUACUGGGUGUUACUACUAGGCCAGAUCGUAGUGUCAGUAUCUGUUGUGGCUUUAAUGGGCAUACCCCCAAAGCUUGCGGCUGUAUGGUUUGGAUCCCACGAGGUGUCUUCAGCUUGUGGAAUUGGUCUAGCAGGAAUACAGCUAGGUUUCGCAAUUGGAUUUGUCGUACCACCUUUGGUAAUCAGAAGUCAGUAUGAUGUCUCCGUUAUUGAAAGUGACCUGUUUACUAUAGCUUUAGGGGUUGCUAUUACUUGCACAGUUUUGGUUAUAAUAAUUAUACUGGGUUUUUCCGAUAAACCACCAACGCCACCAACGUACGCCGCCUCGUGUACCAAACACCACGACAUUACAUUCGUGCGGCCUUUUAAGAAACUGAUGACCAACAAGCCCUUUGUCCUCCUAAUGUCGGGAUUUGGGAUUGAUCUUGGGAUAUUUUGCGCACUGUCUGCUCUUCUAAAUCAAAUUAUUUUAAGAAAUUAUCCGAAUGGAUUUGUGGACGCCGGGCGCAUUGGGCUAUUAAUGGUGAUCGCUGGUAUUUUCGGUUCGCUGAUAAGUGGAACAAUUUUGGAUAAAUUCAAAUGCUACAGAGGAGCACUACUGUCGUUGCAAACUGUGACCUUUCUUACUCUAAUCGUCUUUACCGUCAUCCUCAGCAUGGACAUUAUGCUAGUUUACGCCACCGUCGGUCUCCUGGGAUUCUACGUCGGAGCGCUGUGGUCCGUGUGUUUUGAAGUUGCGGUCGAAAUAACAUACCCAGAACCGGAAGGUAUGGCCGUUGGUUUGCUGAACGGUUGCGGACAAGGGUUGGGAAUUAUAUUUACGUACAUAUAUUCGACGCUGUUUUAUAAUUUUAACGAUAUUUGGGCUAACUCCGCCAUGUCCGCGUUAAUUUUGGUGGCCCUCGUAGCAAUGGGUCUUAUUCGAAUGGAGCUAAGGAGGGAAGCGGCAAACUUUAAAAAGGACACCGAUAAUUUAGGAUUCAAUGAUGUCUUUUGUAGUAAGCUGUAAUUACCCUCUAGCGUGUUGUGAUGUGUAUCUGCAUAGCUUUUUCUAUAAUUAGUCUUAUGGUGCACUUCGACAACAAUUGCACUGUGCAAUUUAAUUACAUUAAUUAACUUUCUUAGAACAAUGUAAUAUGUAGGUAUUAUUAGUUCCUCACUAUUAUUUCUAUGAAAUAACAAUUCAGUAUUAUGUAAGUUAUUGUAACAAUAACUAAGAAUAAAGUGCCUAAGUAAAAUGAGCACUCAAAAUGAGCUCAUGACAACUUAUUGAAACUGGUUAA